AUGUCACAAUUCAUGGAAGCACGAGACGAUAGCGACGUUGACUCAUCGAUUGGAGACGACGUUGCCAGUUCCACCACCUCCGUCUCGUCAAGUAUUCUCGAGUAUCGCAAAUUUCAUGGACGCACUUAUCACAGUGAUAAGUACGAUUCCGAAUACUUCGCACCAAAUGAUGAACGGCAAAGAGACUCCAUGGACAUCACGCACCAUUCUUUGACGCUGCUUCUGGAUGGGGAGCUCACCCUCGCUCCUGUCAAAGAUGGUCCAAUGAAGGUGCUUGAUGUGGGCACUGGCAGUGGUAUCUGGGCUAUUGACUUCGCCGACGCCUAUCCCUCCUCAACAGUAACAGGAACAGACCUCUCCCCAAUCCAACCCAGCUUCAUCCCACCCAACGUGCAAUUCCACAUCGAAGACGCAACUUCAGCCUGGACCUUUCCCCCGUCGAACUUCGACCUCAUUCACAUCCGCUAUUUGAUCGGAGCGAUUUCCGACUGGAGAGCUCUAUUCAAAGAAGCCUUUCGUUGCUGUGUGUCAGGAGGGUAUAUAGAGUCUGCAGAGAUCAAUCCGUUGUUUGUGACUGAUGAUGGAAGUAUUGACAAUGUAGAGGCUUUGCAGACUUGGAAUAAGAUCUGUAGGGAGUGCGAGGGUGCUUUCGGGGGGGAUUUCUGUGAGAUUCGUGAUGAUGUUGGGCUUCUCAAGAAAGCGGGAUUUGAAGAGCUACAGGUUACCGAUUUCAAGGUGCCUGUUGGUGGAUGGGCCAAGGAUGAGAAGCUUCGUCGAGUGGGACAGUUCUUGCGAGCGUCUAUUGAGAACGAUCUUGAAGGAUAUACCUUGAUGUCUUGGCAAAAGGUAUUUGGGACGCCUGGUGAUGAGUACCAGUUGUUUUUGAUGCAGAUGCGAAAGGCGUUGAAAGACAAGAAUGUCCAUGGAUAUAUGCGUGUUCGAUUCAUCGUUGGGAAGAAGCCAUAG